AUUGUUCCUCUACUUAUCUGCAGUUUCCAUUGUGAAAGCUCGACCUUCAUUGCUGUGAGCUUUACUGCUCUUCAGCCAUGAUUGAUUUGUGUCAGUGGAGAGCUAGAAUAGGAUCAUGGAACUCUUCCCGCCAUUGGAGACAACCCAGUGCUUCUACUACCACUGGUAGCAGCUACUGCGGAACUAGUGCUGGUAAUACUUCCGCACAAGUGAAGACCCGGCCUGGACUCAUUUUGUAUAUUUUUUGUCUUCUUAUCCUCCUCUUCAUAUCAGGAGAUGUGGAACUUAAUCCUGGACCCACUCUUACAGAUAAGCCAACAAAAGAUGAGUUGGUUGAGUUAUUGAGUAGCUCAAAGUUUACUGCUGGUACUUGGGAACAGUUUGUCUGUUGUCUUCCUAACAUGACACAAGAAGUCAUUUGUAACAUUAAGCAGAAAGAGGAAGUGGAUGAUGCUGAACCUUUUGAUAGCGUUAGUGCUGUAGCUCAACGUUGCCUGGAUGAUAAUCCUGAAAUAACAUGGAAAAUAAUUGUGAUGUCACUUUUAGAUGCAAAAGAAUGCAUCUUAACUAAGCAAGUUUUGACUGACAUUGAAUGUACAUGUGUUGGAAAGAAAGGGACAAAAGUGGAUGCCACUGUAACAGUUGAGACUACAUUGAGAAAGCAUUUUGCCUCUUUAUUUUAUGCUACUCAAGGUUGCUUAGAAUCUGUUACUGUUGAAUUUUUUUCUAAGGGUCUUAUUAGCAGAGAUGUUCGAAAAUCACCUUCUUUUUAUAACAUUGAAAAUGAAUUUGUAGCAUUAUCUUCUUGCGAAGAAGAUAUGACCAAAUUAGAGAAGAAAUGUCAUAAUUUUGUAUAUUGCCUUGCUAAAGCAGGUGGUCCAGCUAAAGAUGCAGCCAUCGCACUAGCUGAAGAUUGGGAACGUGAAAUAAUGAGUAAGCAUAGUCUGAAAUGGUCUCUGAUAGUUGACAUUGAAACUGAUACUGAUUUAUCUAUCCCUUCAGAAAUUUUGCUUAGCUCUGAAGUGCCUCAAAAAGUGCAAUAUCUUCAUAAGAAAUUCCUUUCAGUGAUGAAAUACAUCAGAACUUACUAUGAUGAAUGCAAGGAGUAUAAAAUUAAAGAUUUUGCUCGAUAUUUAAUGGAUGAUUACGAAGAGCCUCUCACAAAAGAGCCUUUAACAAAUUGUGAAAGUUUCGAUAUUCUACUUCAUUCAGUUAAAACUCAUUACAGUUUUUUUAAUUUUGAUUUAAUCGAAGACCUUGCAAAAGAAUUCCCUCUGAGUGAUGAGUUACAGUUGGAGCUUGACCAGUACGUGCAAGAAUUGGAACAGUUUAAGAAAUCAACUGCACUACAACAAAUGAAGGAUGCAAUAAAGCAAGUACCUUUACCACAUGAAGCCUCAGAGGCACAAUUUAAAAUUGUCAUAAAGUUAACUGGGAGUUGGCGUAAAAAAACAGUUAAAAGUCUUGAAAACCUCAUUCAAUACCUAUUUGAACGUGAUUCUAAGCGCGCUAAACUGAUUGAAAUUGAUGAAGGAUCAAUUGUUAUUACAUUUCUGGCUCUUUCAACAUCACAAUCUCUUAUUGAUAAAGUACAGAAUAAAAGUCAGUUCAUCCAGUAUCUUGGUAUAUUUGAAAUAAUCAUUAACGAUGACAUUGUCAUUGAUAGAGAGGAAGAUGUUAACUUUACAUUCGAAGACUCACUUUUACAUGCCAUCAGUCACAUUGACAGUGAUGCAGAAUAUGAGAAAGUGGCACUGCUUCUGAUAGAACUUAAAAUAGAACUAAAUUACCAGAACACUAAUGGCAAGACUGCACUAAUAUUAGCUAGUCAAGGUGGACAUAUCGAAAUUUUCAAAUCAUUACUACAAAAUGGUGCUAAUCCAUUUGUACAACUACCAGCUAAUGAAGGAUACAUUGGAUUGAACCAUUUAGCAUGUAUCAUUCUUUCUCAACAUAUAUACAAAUCAAUUGGAGGAGAAAAAAUAAUACCACAAGAUGACACUUCAGUUGGAGAAAUGCUGGAAAUAGCUGUUAAAGAAAGAGGAGUGAGUAGUCAUUUUUAUGAAUCAUUCGUAAGUCUUAUUGAAAAUAAUUUAAAGGAAAAGUUUCAAUGGCUGCAAGAUUGCUUUAAUGCAUUAAAUAGUAGCUUUCUUGAUGCUGCCACCAAUAUUUUGACCAGCAAAGCUUUAGUAACAGAAGCAAAACAAAAGUUUUGGUCAUAUAUAAAAAAAGAUGCUACUUGUGAAAAUGCUCAUCAACUCCUUGAGUUGCUCCAGCCUCAUUACUCGUGUUUAAACAUUAACCUUCUCACAAUACCAUGUACUAUCACAGAACCUAUCAAGGAACAGGUAGAAGAAUACAAUACUAACCUGAAGAUGUUCAAAGAUACCACUAGCCUACUGGAGCUAGCUAUGAUGACUAAAGGAAUGCAUUGUCCUGAUGAUGUUGGCUGUUCUAAAUUAAUAUUAAGACUGAACAAGCCAUGGUGCUCCAAAACUAUUGCUGAAUUAAAUAAAAUGGAAGCUUUUUACUUAUCACCCAUUUCAUGCUUUUUAUCUCUUCAAGAAAUUCCUUCCAGCCUUACAUGUAUAUAUCUAAUACCUCAAUUACAAACUGAAAUAUUAAUUGAAGCAGUUAUUGAACAGGGAGAAUCUCUUUAUAAUAUUGGUUUAUUUGAGGCUAGGAUUAAUGAUCUUAUUUUAAUGAUCGAAGCUGAAGAUGAGUCAUUUACAUUUAAGGCUGCAUUGCAGGAAGCACAUGAAAGUAACAAUGAAAAUGUUUUAUUUUUUCUACUGGAACUUAGCACUAGUUUACCCCUUGAAAAUGAUGACACUGCAGACCUCAUGAUUGCUAGUAGUACAGGAGAUUUUUUGACUGUUCAAUCCAUACUCAGUAAAAAUUUUGAUAUUAACAUUCAAACUAAUAAUGGAUUGACUGCUUUGAUCCUUGCUUGUGACAAUGGACAUCACCAGGUUGUUGAACUCUUACUGAGUAAUGAUCCAGAUAUUAACAUUCAAAAUACUCUUGGAUGGACUGCUUUGAUGUAUGCUAGUCGCAGAGGACAUCAAAAGGUUGUUGAACUAUUACUGAGUAAAGAUCCAGAUGUUAAUAUUCAAAAUAAUGAAGGAGUGACUGCUUUAAUGCAUGCCAGCUACAAUGGACAUCAUCAGGUUGUUGAACUCUUACUGGGUGAAGACCCAGAUAUUAACAUUCAAAGCUGUGGAACUCUUACUGAGUAA